GUGGAUUGGAAUUCUUGCUCUUUACACAGUUCAUAAGGGGCAGUUUAACUGUCCUGGGGGAGGAUUACUGCACAGCUACUUGCUUGUCCUCCUUAUUCUUCUGGCUUCUAUAAUAUGUGCAUUAUCUGCACUUGUAUAUGUCAGUAUGCAAGGAACAAUUUCUAAUCCAGGCCCAAGAAAAUCACUCCCCAAGCUACUUUAUACUCGUCUACUUCUCUAUUUGCCUGAAUUCAUCUGGGCUGUUGUAGGAGCUGUGUGGGUGUCAGACAGCAGUGUGCACUGCGAAAAGACUGUGAUAAAUGUCAUCAUGGGGACAGUUAUUGCAAGCUGGGUUAUCAUCAUCUUUACCGUUAUUGGAGUUGUAAUCGUCUUUGAUCCACUUGGGGGGAAAAAGACGUUUUACCUCACCGAUAGUGUAAAUCGGAACCUGGAAAGCAGCCAGUCAGGGCAAUUGCUAUAUAAUGUGAAGAACACUGCCACCAGAGUCUGGGAAAAAAGAAUCAGGUUACUGUGUUGUUGUAUUGUGCAAGACGAUGACCAUCGAGUGGCUUUUACAAGUAUCGCAGAGCUUUUCCGCACCUACUUUUCCGACACUGAUCUGGUGCCAAGUGACAUAGCAGCUGGUUUGACGCUGCUCCAUCAAGAGCAAGAUAAAAUGGAAAGUUGUCCAAAAGAGCCUGAAGAAGUCCUGUGUCAUUCUCCAUCAUCUCUUCUGACAGAUGAUUUGGAUAUCGAACUGGAGAAUGCUGCCCACUAUAUGCUGUUUGCUGCAGCUGCUUAUGGCUGGCCCUACUACAUAUACACCAACCCAUUUACUGCACUUUGUAAGCUCAAUGGUGACUGUUGCGGAAAUAGACCAACAGAUUCUGAUAUAACUGGCAGUGAUCGUCAUAACUUUCACUUUGGAUCCAUCCUAAAAAUAACAGGACUGCAGUACAGAGACUUCAUUCAUAUCAGUUUUCAUAACAAGAUCUAUGAGAUUCCGUUUUUUGUUGCUUUGGAUCACAAAAAAGAAGCUAUUGUGGUUGCAGUGAGAGGAACCUUGUCUUUUGAGGACAUUCUCACUGAUCUGUCGGCAGAUUGCGAAGACUUGACACUGGAGGAUGUUCUAGAGAACGGCUUUGUGCAUAAGGGAAUAACUCAAGCUGCAAAUUACAUCUAUCAAAAGCUGAUAAAUGAUGGAAUUUUAAACCAGGCUUUCACAAUUGCUCCAGAAUAUAAACUUGUGAUAGUUGGUCACAGUUUGGGUGGUGGAACAGCUUCUAUAUUGGCGAUCAUGCUCAGGAACUCUUUCCGAACAUUAAGAUGUUAUGCCUUUUCUCCUCCAGGAGGACUUUUAAGCAAAUCACUUGCAGAUUACACUAAGCACUUCAUCGUUUCAGUCAUUGUUGGAAAGGACCUUGUUGCAAGGUUAAGUAUGCCCAACAUGGAGGAUUUAAAGAGGAGAAUAGUGAGAAUUGUGGCAAACUGCAGCAGACCCAAGUACCAGAUUUUGCUGCGUGGGUGUUGGUACGAAGUAUUUGGAGGAGAUCCAGAUAACUUCCCAACUGAGCUGGAUGGUAGAAACCAAGAUGCCCUCACCCAGCCACUUCUAGCUGAGGAGAGUUUAAUGGUUCAUCGGUCACCUUCAUACAAUGCCCUUGAGGAUGAAUCGCACUUAAAUUCACCAUCCCAGUAUCCUCAUCUGUAUCUUCCUGGAAAGAUUAUCCAUAUUGUAGAAGAAUCCAGCUCUAGGAGGUUGUGCUCUUCAGAUAUUAAAUAUAUGGCAAGAUGGUCAAAUGAAACAGCCUUCAGCAGCAUUUUAAUAAGUCCCAAGAUGAUAACAGACCACAUGCCAGAUGUUGUGCUCAAAGCUUUGAACAGUUUGUCUCAAGAACAUGGAUCGUGUAGUUCUUGUCAAACACGAGAAUGUAACACCAACGUGGUAUAACCGCAGCUCGAAGA